GGAGCGCAUGCGUGCCGGGCGUCCGCGUUGCCGGCGAGGAGAGGGGCCGGGGGUCAAGGCUGACGCCGGCCGAGUGUGAACGGCAGCCCGUAGCAUGGAGGGUGACCUCGUGGAGACUGACAUCUUGGAGGCGCUGGAAGAUCUAGGCUACAAGGGCCCAUUGUUGGAUGAUGGUGCACUGUCUCAGGCAGUGUCUGCUGGAGCCAGUUCCCCCGAGUUUACCAAACUCUGUGCUUGGCUGGUAUCAGAAUUAAGAGUACUCUGUAAACUAGAGGAAAAUGUGCAAGCAACUAACAGUCCAAGUGAAGCUGAAGAAUUCCAGCUUGAGGUGAGUGGGCUGCUGGGGGAAAUGAACUGCCCGUAUCCUUCACUGACAUCUGGGGAUGUGACCAAGCGCCUUCUCGUUCAGAAGAACUGCCUCCUUCUGCUCACAUACCUCAUCUCAGAACUAGAAGCUGCCAGAAUGCUCUGUGUGAAUGCUCCUCCAAAAAAAGCUCAAGAAGGAGGCGGUAGUGAGGUCUUUCAAGAGUUGAAAGGCAUAUGUAUUGCUCUAGGAAUGUCCAAACCUCCAGCCAAUAUAACUAUGUUCCAAUUCUUCAGCGGGAUUGAGAAAAAAUUAAAGGAAACCUUAGCAAAAGUUCCACCUAAUCAUGUGGGAAAGCCGUUAUUGAAGAAGCCAAUGGGACCCGCCCACUGGGAAAAAAUAGAAGCAAUUAACCAAGCCAUAGCCAAUGAGUAUGAAGUGCGGAGAAAGCUGCUAAUAAAACGUUUGGAUGUCACUGUGCAGUCCUUUGGCUGGUCUGACAGAGCUAAGAGUCAGACGGAAAAAUUAGCUAAGGUUUAUCAGCCAAGGCGGUCAGUCUUAUUUCCCAAAAGUACUAUUUCUGUUGCCCAUCUUUUGGCUGCAAGACAAGACUUAUCAAAGAUUCUAAGAACAAGCAGUGGUUCCAUAAGAGAAAAGACCGCCUGUGCCAUCAACAAGGUGUUGAUGGGCCGGGUGCCUGACAGAGGUGGAAGGCCCAACGAAAUCGAACCUCCACCCCCAGAGAUGCCGCCGUGGCAGAAAAGGCAAGAUGGCCCCCAGCAGCAAGCAGGAGGCCGAGGCGGGGGCAGAGGAGGCUAUGAGCAUUCCUCCCAUGGAGGACGAGGCGGUCCCGAACAAGGAGGGAGAGGUGGACGUGGUGGCUUCGAUCACGGAGGCCGAGGGGGAGGAAGAGGAAACAAGCACCAGGGAGGCUGGACAGAUGGAGGCGGCGGAGGUGGCGGCGGCGGCGGUGGCGGCGGCUACCAUGACGGCGGCUACCGAGAUUCAGGUUUCCAGCCGGGUGGCUACCAUGGUGGCCACAGCAGUGGCUAUCAAGGCGCUGGCUAUGGUGGUUUCCAGGCAACUUCAUAUACGGGAAGUGGAUACCAGAGCGGUGGAUACCAGCAGGACAAUAGAUACCAAGAUGCAGGGGGUGGACACCAUGGGGAUCGAGGUGGUGGUCGUGGGGGCAGAGGCGGUCGCGGGGGCCGGGGCGGUCGUGGAGGCCAGGGCGGAGGCUGGGGAGGAAGAGGGGCCCAGACCUACCACCAAGGGGGCCAGUUUGAACAGCACUUCCAGCAUGGGGGCUAUCAGUAUAACCACUCUGGAUUUGGACAGGGAAGACACUACACCAGUUGAGGCUGCAGAGCCUGACGUUUUGCUAGAGCUCAAGUAAUAGAAACUCAGUUUCAGAACCCUAAAUCCCACAUCUCUUGAACUGAGAGCACAGGCGGCGGGCGGCUCUGUCCGGCCUGAGUGUGGGUGUGAGUCUUCACUUAGCUCCUCUCUCUAAACAGUGACACUGUUCACUUAAGAAACACCUUCUACGAAAACAAUCAGGUAAUUAAAGUUGUUUUCAGUUGACCAACAGACUAAUUCCACACUUAGAACAUGCAUACUUUUUUGAAGACAUUACUUGAAUGAGACGGUUUUCAAUAUACAGUUUGGAAAACGAGGAUUUGCCUAGACUUUUUUAGAUGUGCUGCUAGGAAACGUUCCUCAUAUUAACAACCCACUUCUGUGUUUUGCAUAAAAUAUUCAAGUGUCUAUUUUCCAAGCACAGUUCUGCCCCUGAUGGACCUUUUCUUCAGAAAAGUUGAGCCACAUUUGCUUUAUGAUAGGUGCAGUGGGUCAGUUCCUAUUAGCUGAGCUCUUCCAAAGUAGCACAUUCAGUAGCCUUAUUCUUGGUGGAAUACUAUACCACACGCUCAAAUCUGACAGCCCUGGACAUGGCCAGAAUCCAUGAAGACUAUAAAAGCAAACUACGUUGUGAACCUAUAGUUCAUGUAGGUAUUGUUAAGUACAGCAACUUAAACUGACCUGCAUCCAUUCAAAAUAAAUUCCCCUCCAACCUUAUUUUCACUUAAAAUUUGCUAGAAGAAAGAGCAAACAGACAUUAGUUUUAUGCACGAGUUAGUACCACUGGCUCAGCAAAGAGGAGUCCGUUUGCUUGAGGCGGGAGACUGAUGUCAGGAGGAGCCGCACUAUGGAGUGAGGGGAGUCUCGGUGCAGGAGGCCCUGUACCAUUGCUGCAGACACAAAGCCUGGUGAGUGAUGCUCGACGUUCUCCGUUACUGAUGCCGACACGACGGGACGCUUUCUGCUGGGCUUUUGUACAUGUAAACACUGUCAAGCUGUGAAAGGAAGUGGCUGGAGAUGUGCUUGUGUGGAUGGUGAGCAAUAAAGUACCCGUACAGUGUC